AUGUCCCGUCGCAAGCAGGGAAACCCGCAGCACUUGUCACAAAGAGAGAUUAUCACACCAGAGGCUGACCAUGUGGAACCGGCACUCGCCGACGAGGAUGAGAGCCUGGCAAUAGCAGAGCCGGGUGGCAUCAGCAUCGCCGCAGGCGGGACAGACCCCGACUUGUUAACCUGUGGACAGUGUCAGAUGAACUUCCCGCUGGGAGACAUCUUGGUUUUUAUAGAGCACAAGAGAAAACAGUGCAAUGGCACUGGUGGUGCCUGCUAUGAAAAGAGCAUGGAUAAGAGCAGCCCUCCCCCCUCCUCACGCGCCGAGCUCAGGAAAGUGUCAGAGCCAGUGGAAAUCGGGAUCCAAGUCACACCCGAUGAAGAAGACCGUCUUCUCACGCCUACAAAAGGAAUUUGCCCCAAGCAGGAGAACAUUGCAGGGCCGUCCAGGCCUGCAAACCUGCCGGGGGCUCCCAUAGCUGCCUCCUCCCACCCUCACACAUCCGUCAUCACGUCACCUCUCCGCGCACUGGCCUCUCUCCCGCCCUGCCUUAGCCUGCCCUGCUGUGGUGCACGUGCAGUCUCAGUUGGCGGGACUCAGACUGAGAUUCAGACUGAGACGUCAGGCACAUUUGGAUGUCAUUGUCAGUUGUCAGGUAAAGAUGAGCCUUCAAGCUAUAUUUGCACAACAUGCAAGCAGCCUUUUAAUAGCGCUUGGUUCUUGCUUCAGCAUGCCCAGAACACACAUGGAUUCCGCAUCUACCUGGAAACAAGCCCUUCAAACAGUUCCCUUACUCCACGCAUCACCAUCCCUCCUCCUCUGGGACCAGAGACUGUUGCACAGUCCCCGCUGAUGAAUUUCCUUGGAGACAACAACCCUUUCAAUCUUCUACGGAUGACAGGACCAAUCUUGCGUGAACACCCAGGCUUUGGUGAGGGUCGGCUCCCAAACACGCCUCCACUGUUCAGCCCACCACCUCGUCAUCAUCUGGAUCCACAUCGCCUUAGUGCCGAAGAAAUGGGGUUAGUUGCCCAGCAUCCCAGUGCCUUUGACAGAGUUAUGCGUUUAAACCCCAUGGCAAUUGAGUCCCCAGCGAUGGAUUUCUCCAGAAGGCUUCGAGAGCUGGCAGGAAACAGUUCCACCCCUCCACCAGUCUCGCCCAGUCGCACCAACCCUAUGCAUCGCCUGUUGAAUCCUUUCCAGCCGAGUCCUAAAUCACCUUUUUUGAGCACCCCGCCACUGCCCCCCAUGCCCCCCAGCAGCACUACGCCUCCCCAGCCUCAGGCCAAGAGCAAGUCCUGUGAAUUCUGUGGGAAAACAUUCAAGUUCCAGAGUAACCUUAUUGUCCAUCGGCGCAGUCACACAGGAGAAAAGCCCUACAAAUGUCAGCUCUGUGACCACGCUUGCUCCCAGGCCAGCAAGCUAAAGCGUCAUAUGAAAACGCAUAUGCAUAAAGCUGGCUCCAUGACAGGCAGGUCAGACGAUGGACUGUCCACCACGAGUUCCCCUGAGCCAGGCACAAGUGAACUCACUGGAGAGGGACUGAAACCCGGUGAGACAGAUUUCAGGAACGAGAGCGAUCCUUCCCUGGGCCAUGACAAUGAAGAAGAGGAAGAGGAGGAGGAGGAGGAAGAGGAGCUGGAAAAUGAGAGCAGGCCAGAGUCAAGCUUCAGUAUGGACUCAGAGCUGAGUCGUAACCGAGAAAAUGGCUCCAAAUCGCUGCCGGACGAGAAGUCCCUCGUCCUAGGAAAAGUUAUAGAGAAUGUAAGUCUCGGUGCCAUCCAGCAAUACAACGACAUGCUAGCUGAGAAACAGAAGAGGAGUAGCUUCAUGAAAAGGUCUUCUGACCAGCGAGACUUGUGUCCUCGAGACCUCUGUCCGAGAGAUACAGGUGAUGAAGACUCGGUGGUAGGAGAGCUGGACCGCACCGAGGAAGGGACGGUCAAUGGAAGAAACUUUGGCCCGGGUGAGCCCUUCCCAAACUUGUUCCCUCGCAAGCCGACACCUAUCACGAGCCCCAGUUUAAACAACUCGUCUAAAAGAAUAAAGGUUGAGAAAGAUUUGGACUUGCCACCAGCAACAAUAAUACCUUCCGAAAACGUUUACUCCCAGUGGCUGGUAGGGUACGCAGCAUCUAGGCACUUCAUGAAGGAUCCGUUUCUAGGAUUCACAGACUCCCGACAAUCCCCCUUCGCCACCUCUUCCGAGCACUCAUCGGAGAACGGGAGCCUGCGUUUCUCCACCCCACCGGGGGACAUGCUGGACGGGGGGCUCUCAGGGCGCAGCGGCACGGCCAGCGGAGGCAGCACCCCCCACAUCAGCGGUCCGGGCCCCGGGCGACCCAGCUCGAAGGAAGGGCGCAGGAGCGAUACAUGUGAGUACUGUGGCAAGGUCUUUAAGAACUGCAGCAAUUUGACGGUGCACCGUCGGAGCCACACUGGAGAGCGGCCUUACAAAUGCGAGCUCUGCAACUAUGCAUGUGCCCAGAGCAGUAAGCUGACGCGUCACAUGAAAACGCAUGGCCAGAUAGGGAAGGAGGUCUACCGCUGCGACAUUUGCCAGAUGCCCUUCAGUGUUUACAGCACCCUGGAGAAACACAUGAAAAAGUGGCAUGGAGAACAUUUGCUGACAAAUGACGUCAAAAUUGAGCAGGCAGAAAGAAGCUAA